GGGGCGGAGGUAACCAGAGGCGGGCAGACGGAGGUAGCUGCGCGGUCUCCACCCCUUCAGCGCUGCGCUCGCUACGAGCGUGCCGGGAGAGGACGCGAGCGGCUGUGCCAGCUGCGUUCCGAGCUCGGGCCCCGCUGCUGCUUCUCCUCCAAGCGCCGGGCGUCCCCGCCGUGCUCAGCCCGAAGUCGGCCACCAUGGAGGCGCAGGCACGAGGUUUGUUGGAGACUGAACCACUGCAAGGAAGAGAUGAAGAUACAGUAGCCAGUGCUGACUUCCCUAGCAUGCUCUCUGAGGAGGAAAAAGAGGAGUUAAAGGCAGAACUAGUUCAGCUAGAAGAUGAAAUUACAACAUUACGACAAGUUUUAUCAGCGAAAGAAAGGCGCCUGGUUGAGAUAAAACAAAAACUCGGCAUGAACUUGAUGAAUGAAUUAAAACAGAACUUCAGCAGAAGCUGGCAUGAUGUGCAGACUACUACUGCCUACAAGAAAACACAUGAAACUCUGAGUCACGCAGGGCAGAAGGCAACUGCAGCUUUCAGCAACGUUGGGACGGCCAUCAGCAAGAAGUUUGGAGACAUGAGCUUUGAUACCUAGAGGCAAAUAUUUAUAUCUUUGUGUUUAAGUUAUUUUUUGACGUCAAAAAUUACUGGAUUGUUCCCAAUAUUCAUGCAUCAUCUUAACAACUUGGCAUUCAUGAGGCUAGAGUUAAGUAAGUACAUGUGCAUGAAUCUGAGUACAUUGCUUUAUCUUCAUUUUUGCUAAUAAAGCAAUAACAAAAAGCAGUUAAAAUUCUUCAGAGGCAGUGUGUGAUGAAUGGUAAAUAUUCUGGAUUAUGAAUUAACCCUAACUUUAUUAUAUAAAAAUUUGCAGUCAUUUCAAUGGCAUUAAAACAUUUAUCUAAACUAAUUAAAUAAUUCCUUAAAACAGGAAAGACCUUAUCACCAGUUAUAUCCAAGAAAAUAUAUUUUGUCAUGUUUAUAAAGUUUGUUCUCCACAUACUUAGUUGAAACCUUUCACUUGAACACUGGGAUUCAGUGGCAUAAUACUGCCAACUAGAAUAGUGUUUCUCUAAUGGUAGCAGACCUUACAGACACCUCUGAAGCUUGAUAAAUGCAUAUUCUCAGAUUCCACCUCUCUCUCCAAGAUUGCACCUCAGUAGGUCUUGGGUGGCGUCUAGGAAUCUGUGGCUGUUCUCAGUUAUAAAUGGGGAAAAGAGUAACAACAUCUUCAGUUUAUAUACAAGUAGCAAAAGAGAGCCUGCUAUGUAUUAAACACUCAAUAAAUGCCAGUUUUUACCUUUACUAAGUGACUGUCUCAGUUACAAGGUGACCCCACAGGACGGAAAUUAGGGAGAGUCGGUGAACAGGAGUGCAGUGUGUUUCAUAAGUUGUAAAGAACGAAGACCGUGUUUCACACGUGCAGCAUGUUGACAUACUCAUGUUCCUACAUGAACUGGGCAUAAUAUCAAGGUUGUGUUGACUGCCUUUCCUCCUGUUUCAAUGUGGCUUUGUUUUAGCAUAAUGGAUAACCUGUUUCCCAGGAGUUCCAAACUUUUCAUUAACUAUUGCUCUGUGUAGAGGAUACAAAACUUCCAUUAAAAACUGUGGCUAAAAAUAUUGGGAAAUGUAGUCCACAUUCAAAUAUGGGCCUGUAAUAUUUUGUAGACCUAUAUUUUCAGGCCUAUAUUUUUCUCAAACUAUGAUAUCUAACAUUUGAAAUAAAUGAGGAUAACUUCCUAUGAAAGCAAAAAGUUUUACAAAGAAUUGUUACUUUUAUACUAGAACAAGUAAUAUAUGUAAAAGUCAUAUUUGAAAAGUACUUAAGUUUAAUAUAAUAACGAUUCUCAAAAGAGAACAAUUAGUAUUAGUAAGUUUUAAAUUUUUCGUUCACAUUAAUUUGCCAAUUUAUAAAAUGAUAGUGGGGAAAUUUUAAAAUUUUAUCACAGGCAUUUUACUUUGAACCCCUUUUCAGUUUGAAAGUAUCAUAUUAUUUUAUAUUUUGUUAGCUAUACCAUAAAAUUCUUUUGUGAAUUCUGGGAACAAAUUUCUGAACUUCUUCAAAAAGAUUGCCAGAAAAAUUCAGAUACCUGAGAAGAAAAACAGUACCUCUCUGUUUUGUGGGGUUUUUUUUUUUUUUGGUUUUUUUUGUUGUUGUUGGCUGUAC